AUGAAAUGUCAUGUUUACUUCACUGUAUUAGAUGAUUUGUUUAACGGUCUUGAAAAUCGAUUUAAUCAGGAAACAUUAAAUUUAAUUGGUGCAAUUGGUCGUUUAGUAGAACUAAAAACUGAAGAAUUUGACAUUGAAUUAAUUUCACGGAAGUUUGUACUUAAUAGUGACGAAUUAGAAGGUGAAUUAAGACUUCUACGUUCUUUGCCCGAUUUUGUAGCAGGACCAUCAAACAAAACAAUUCAUCAGUGGUUAGAAAAAUUAUCAAUUAGUAAAAAUUUUGUUAAUGUAAAUAAAGCGUUGAAACUUUUUACUACCAUUCCUGUGACAAGUUGCUCUUGCGAAAGAGCUUUUUCCAAAUUAAGUUUGGUAAAAACAAAAUUAAGAAGCCGCAUGUCGCAAGAAAGAUUAGAUGCAAUGAUGUUGAUAUUUGUAGAACAAGAACUAGCAUCAGAAAUAAAUUAUGACGAAGUAAUUGAUGAAUUUAAACAUUUGCAUCCUUUUGACCGAAGAUUAGAAUUAUAA